GAAGGUGGCAUCACCGUCUUCAGAAGAUUAAAUAAUGCAGUGAGUGGCUUCAGUCCAAUUGGACAUUUGGAACAACUCACUCAAUAGGGUGAAUUAAUAGGGUGCUUGAAAAUUUUUUAAAAAUUAAGCAAAAAGGUUCUAUCUUACAGAAAAAUACAUUAAAUCUGCUUUCAUUCAAAGAAGUACCUUGGAAAAAAUUGUUUCCAGCUUACGAAGGAAACAUUUAUGAAGCAGUUAAAUAAUAUUGAAAGAACUAGUUUUACCUGUUAUAAAAUUAUAGCAAAACCUGUCUGUCAGGUUUACUGAACCUUUCUUUCUUUAGUGCAGCUGCUAGUACUGGAAAAAAACACACAAACUAGAUUUGCAAGUAUGUGCUAACAGUGCUUUGUACCAUCCUGUUGCCUCCAUGAAUCCUGCUGAACUUCGUCUAGGAUUCGGGUGGAAAGUACACAAGUGCGUGAAAUCCUUUUUAAACAGCUACUCAGGAAUCUUCUGUGGUAGUGAGCAUUUGUCCAACAACGUAACAAUUGAGCAACGCACCUCGUCAAAGCACCCUGUUACAUUGCCACGUCGAAUAUUACAGGUGCAGUGAGGAAUGGCUACAGACAACUUCACCGAUGUAUGGGCAAAGCUCAAAGAUCUGCAUGAACAAGAAGUGCGAGGACUGUACACAAAGUUAACUGAAAUAAACAUGGAGCGAUGUCUUGAUGCACAGAGAUUGGACGAGUUGUUUAGCAAGAACCAUCAGCUGAGGGAGCAGCACAAGAUAAUGAAUGAUAAUGUCAAGGUUUUGGAAAACAGGCUCCGAGCAGGCCUUUGCGAUCGAUGCACAGUCACACAGGAGUUGGCCAGGAAAAAGCACCAGGAAUUUGAAACAUCUCAACUCCAAAGCCUUCAGCACAUUUCUGUUCUCACUCAUGAAAUCAGUGGAUUGAAAGAGGAAAAGGAGUUACUUCAUCAGGAGCUGAGAAAGCUGAAAUACUUCUUACAGCAAAGUCAUAGUACUUCCCGGGGAAACCGCUCUUUGUCAGACAAUAGCAUAUCUUUUGAUUCAUCCUUGAACCACAGACGGAAGCAAAGUUUGGAUGCCGUUCACAAUCCAAUGUCGGAGCAUCAAAGGCACAAACACAACUUCAGGCUUCCCUCACAAGAAAGCUUCACCAACCCCAAAAGACCUUGUCACAAUCUGCCUGACCUUUCAAUGUUUGAUUGGCAUCCUCAAAGAAUAUCUAACCAGUUGCAUGGAACAAUCGCACUAGUACAGUCUAGCUCUACACCUUGCUGUACAUCAGAGAAAGAUGUUACUUCAGCAGAGUUUGGUAUGAAACUCCAAGAGCAGAGGCAUUACGAGGAGGCACAUAAUUGGUCUAAAGGCUACAGGAGAAGCCAGUCUGCCGCAGAACAAUCUAACACUAUACACAAAAUACAAACUGAGGAAAGUCAAAAUGGCCGCUGUAAAAAUUCUGAGGGAAAUGCUAAUGCAUCUGGGGAGAAACCUUUGGAUUUAUCAGAUUACUGCAAAAAUAAGGAUUCGUCCACACAUGGAAGUGAAUCGUCCAUUCAAUUUGAGUCUAAGAAGGCAAAAUUGGAAGAACCUCUCCUGAAGAAGUGCACUCAUGAUGGUUUAGUGAGUGACACUUCCAAGGACAAUAUGCACUCUUAUGAACCAGUCGGCAAGACAAAGAGUGGUGAAGCACCCAGUAGAGACAAAGAUAAGGCACAGGAAGUGUUGAGUCCCAAAGAUGAAUUAAAAAUGAGUGACAAUGAAGACAAAGUGUACAAGAAUUUGAACAUCAAGGCACAAUAUGACAGCACUUCUAGAUCCAGGGAUCCAGAUGACAAUCGGAGAAUUAGAAUGAAACUGUGCACAAAGAGACUCAAGUGCAGGGAUGAUGGAAGUCCAACUGUGGAGGUACAUCUUCAGUUUUUGAACGGCAAGUCAGAUUCACCUGCUCUCUCUCAAUGUGAGGCCACUGAUUUUCAAGAGAUAUACGAGAAGCAAAGGAUUAAACCCGAAAAUGAGAAGCAACAAGCAGAAAAUAGUGCUGCCCAACCGAGGAAAAAGAAGAAGAAGAAACCUCAGGACUAUUGGACAUCUGCUGCGUACAAGAGGGGAAGAAGAAUUAAAAAAUGUAAAUCCACUCAGCCAUCGCACACACAUGCUUCACAAUGCAAUCCAAACAUAUCAGAAGACAAAGCUUCAUCUGUUCCGGACUUGGCUCCAGAAAGCCAAAGCUAAGAAGAAAAUUAGAAAGCAAGAGUUAAUGAUUAAUGCUCAUCAUAGACCGCAGAGAAUGUAUACAAGAUUCAUACCACUGCAGUACUGUCACUUCUGAUCAUAUUUUCCUGUAUUAUCUAAUCUGUUCACUGACGUUUCCACUGGGUCAACAGCACAUGUAGGAUUGAACACUGGUACAGGCACAAAAAAAAAAAUUGCUUUUCAUAAUCAGUAAUGUUAAUAUCUAGGCCAAAUUAAAAUGUUAUGUCAACAGAAUAACAAUGUUGUAAAUAUCUUCCGGUUGUAUUUUCUAUUUUUAACACUGUUGCAAAAUGCCUUGAUUACUGAUAAAAUGGACCACCUCCAACUUUUUUUAUCCAUAUCAGUCAUUGCACAGGUUUGGUAGGCAAUAAAACAUUUGCAACUCAACACUACCAAGACACCAUAACAUUAACCUCUUCAUUGCUGCUUCCAUAUGUACGACAGAUGGACACAAAGUGCUGAAGUAACUCAGCGGGUCAGGCAGCAUUUCUGGAGAAAAAGGAUGGGUGAUGUUUCGAUUCAGGACACUUCUUCAGGGUCGGGGAUAGGAAGCCUGAAGAAGGGUCCCGACCCAAAACGUCAUCCAUCCUUUUUCUCCAGAGAUGCCGACUGACCCACUAUCAGUUGGGCACUCCAGCGCUUUUUGUGUCUAUCUUUAGCAUAAACCAGCAUCUGCAGUUCUUUGUUUCUCCAUAUGUACUACCAUCCUAAUUUGACAUUAUUCAAAGGACCUAACCUAGCCUGAGCUGCUUCCAGAGGUAGAUAUCUUACUUGAGUUUACAUUAUUACUGAUCUUUCCACCAACCUUCUCCUCUUUGCAACCAAUAUACUUAGGCAAUUCUUUCAACCAUGUCCCAAUCCGGGCCAACUGCGCCCACUUCAUCCAUUUGCUGACAUGCUCCCUCUACACCAUCUCCUCAUCCACACCAUCUGCUAUUGUUUUUCCAACCAACACAGCCAUUUUCUUCUCUGAUUAUCUCUAUAACCAGUCCUUCCCUCCAAAGGGCUUCACCAAUACUGCCCACAGCAGAUUCCUCUCCCCAGCAUUCACAUGCCAUGACCUGUCCCUUCCCCAGUUUCCCUUUUCCACAUUCUGCCUUCACCCUCAAAAUGGUUCUGAAUUGACUUUUUCAAAAUCUUCACUAUUCCGUAUCAAAUGGCAGAGGAUGGUACAGUGACACAGCUGGUGGAGCUGCUGCUUCACAGCACCAGAGACCCGUGUUCAAUCGUGACCUCGGGCGCUAUCUGCAUGGAGUUUGCACAUACACCCUGUGACUGAAUGGGUUUCCUCCAGGUGCUACCGUUUCCUCCCACAUUCCAGAGACGUACGGGUUGGAAGGUUAACUGGCCUCAGUAAAAUUGCACAAUGUGUGAAGGGGGUGGAUGAGAAAGUGAGGUAAAAUGGAAUUAGUGUCAUAAUCAUAGUCACAGAGUGAUACAGUGUGGAAACAAGCCCUUUGGCCCAACUACCCACACUGACCAACAUGUCCCAGAUCACACACCCCCAUCCUCCUGCGCUCCAAGGAAUAGAGACCCAGCCUACUCAACCUCUCCCUAUACCUCACGUCCUGGCAAAAUCCUCCUAAAUCCUCUCUGAACCCUAUCAAGUUUGACAAUAUCUUUCCUAUAACAUGGUGCCCAGAACUGAACACGAUAUUCUAAAUGCGGUCUCACCAACGUCUUAUACAACUGCAACAUGACCUCCCAACCUCUAAACUCUAUACUCUGACUGAUGAAGGCCAAUGUGCCCAAAACCUUGUUGACCAUCUUAUCUACCUGCGACUCGACCUUCUAGGAACCAUGCACCUGCACUCCGAGAUCCCUCUGCUCUACACUACAACACUACCCCUACAACACUCCCCAGAGGCCUAACAUUCACUGUGUAGGUCCUACCCUUGUUAGACUUCCCAAAAUGCAACACCUCACACUUCUCUGUAUUAAAUUCCAUCAACUAUUCUUCAGCCCACCUGGCCAAUCGAUCCAAAUCCUGCUGCAAUCUUUCACAACCAUCUUCACUACCUGCAAAACCACCCACUUUUGUAUCAUCUGCAAACUUGUUCAUCUUGCCCUGUAUGGUCUCAUCCAAAUCAUUGAUGUAGAUGAGAAACAGUAACAGGCCCAGCACCGAACCCUGAGGCUCACCACUAGUCACAGGCCUCCAGUCCGAGAAGCAACUUUCCACCAUCACCCUCUGCUUCCUUCCAUGGAGCCAAUUUACUAUCCAUUCAGCUCUCUCUCCUUGGAUCGGGUGAUUAAAGGCCAGCGUGGACUUUGUGGGCCAAAGGGCCUGUUUCCUUGCUGUAUCUCAACCAAACUAAACUAAAGUGAAUGGCCAUUGUGCAACUAAAGUUCUAUUCAACUAUACAUGACGCUUGGCCUUCGUGCAGAAUAGGACACCCAAGCAAAAUCAAUACAAACCCACUGUUACCGUAACCAAUACGUUUAACUGUGUUACAAUUUCUAGAUAUCAGCAGAUAUUAUUAUUCAAAUUUAUUCUCUUUCCAUGGGUGGAUAUGUGACCAUGUCAAAUCGCUCUACAACUUUUUAAGAAAAACUUGGUUUUUAAUUGUGUAUCAGAAUAUUUGUCAUUGACUUUUAGUUAUUGCAAAUAAACUCUCAAUGAGAAUGUAUUUUCUUCAAAAUAG